ACUUGAUUCGUGGGGAGAUAUCAGCAACCAGAGAGACUUUCGGAUAACGACUCGGUCUGUGGGUACACAGAAAAAAGGCAGCACCGACAACAGCGCCCAUCACUCCUCUCUAUCCCCUUCUCUAGACCCCCCUAGAUCACCAAAAGAAGCACCACCAUGUCCCCCCCUGGCGACUUCAAGCGCGAGAGCGGCACCGCUCGUAUCCUGGGCUCGGGCACGUCGGGCAUCGCCGAGCUCCUCGUCUUCCACCCCGUCGACACGAUCGCCAAGCGCCUCAUGUCGAACCGCUCGCACGCGUCCCUCGGCAACCUCAACCAGAUCAUCUUCAAGAAUGCCGCCAACGCCCCCGUGCUCACAAAGUUCAUGAGCUUGUUCCCCGGUCUCGGCUACGCCGCGGGCUACAAGGUCGCCCAGCGCGUCUACAAGUUUGGCGGACAGCCAUACUUCCGCGACUUGAUUGACAAGUCGAGCGGCACGUGGUUCCGCGAGACGUUUGGCAAGAAGAACGGACAGCUGCUCAUGCAGGCUUCGGCUGGAUCGCUCACGGGUAUCGGAGAGGUCGUGCUCCUCCCCCUCGAUGUGCUCAAGAUCAAGAUGCAGACCAACCCCGACGCGCUCAAGGGCCGCGGCCUCUUCAAGCUCAUCACCGAGGAGGGUAUCUCGUCGCUCUACCGUGGCUGGGGAUGGACCAUGGCUCGUAACGCCCCCGGAUCGUUCGCUCUCUUCGGUGGUUCGGCUGCUACCAAGCAGUACCUCUUCCACAUUGACGACUCGUCCAAGUCGACCUGGGCCCAGAACUUUGUCGCUUCCAUCGGUGGUGCCGUUGCCUCGAUCACUGUCGCUGCUCCCCUCGACGUCGUCAAGACCCGUAUCCAGAACGCCAACUUCAACGCCAACCUCUCGGGUGUCACCAUCAUUCGGGACAUGGUUCGCACUGAGGGUGUUGGUUCCUUCUUCAAGGGUCUUACCCCCAAGAUCCUUGUCGUCGGCCCCAAGCUCGUCUUCUCGUACACUCUUGCUCAGAGCUUGAUCCCCUUCUUCGGCAAGUACGUCUAAGCUGUAAAAAUGAGCGGUUGUGUCUAGAGGAGGCAGCCUCGCGCUCGCUCGCACAGUCGCACUUGUGCCUAGAAGAGACUGCCUCAGUUUUCCGGUACUGUGUUGCCAUACCCCUCCCCUCGGUCCCUCGGUCCCGUCCCACUGUGCCUAGUUGCAGUUGCUCUCUGCUGCUAUGCAAAUGUACACCUAGAGCCAGAACACCACUCGAUGCAUCGGUCUAUAUGA